AGCCCUCCGCUUCAUUCGCUCCGCGGAGUCGCGACGCCGGCGAUCGUUACAGCCAGAGGCGCGACGUUGAUUCGCCAACUACAUUUUUCCGGUGGGCAUGGCGGAGGAUAAGUACAACUGCAAGAACCCUGCGGUGAAGCGGAUCCUGCAGGAGUUGAAGGAGCUUCGUACCAACCCUUCCGAUGAGUUCAUGAGCCUGCCGGUUGAGGAAAAUAUUUUUGAGUGGCAGUUUGCUAUACUUGGCCCUCGUGAUUCAGAGUUUGAGGGUGGGAUUUAUCAUGGAAGGAUCCAGCUACCCGCGGAUUACCCUUUUAAGCCUCCUUCUUUCAUGUUGCUUACACCAAAUGGUCGAUUUGAAACACAGACGAAGAUAUGCUUAAGCAUAUCAAAUCAUCAUCCUGAACACUGGCAACCUUCAUGGAGUGUUCGGACGGCAUUGCUAGCAUUGAUUGCCUUCAUGCCAACAAAUCCUGAUGGGGCAUUAGGAUCACUAGACUACACCAAGGUAGAAAGGAAAACGCUAGCAAUCAAGUCGCGUGAAGAAGCUCCAAGAUUUGGUAAUCCAGAGAGGCAAAAACUCAUAGAUGAAAUUCACCAAUACUUGCUCGCCAAAGUUCCACCUGUUCCUCAGUUGAUCGAAGACACAUUUGGUGAAGGCUCGUCUUUCGAAGACACGCAUGAAGUUCCUAUUAGCUCUGAUGUUGCAGCUCCAACUCAGGAACCCCAUGCUCCAGAACCUGACGGGGCAGUGGAGGAUGUUCGCGAGGUGCAUGUUAAUGCUGCAGCUGGUUCAGUAAGACUCAGCUUCAGUGCGGGAGUAAGGCUGACGAGAAGAGCACCAGCUACAUUGCUGAAUGAGCAGCCUGCGGAACAUGACUCUAGAGUUCAGAAGCCAUCUAUCGAUGACCGCAUGUUUACUUUUGCUGCCAUUGGACUGGCUAUUGCUAUCCUUGUACUCAUAGCGAAAAAGCUCCUGCGGUCGUACGGGCUUGAUGGAUAGGAUGCAUUCGGAUGCGGCAUGGAUAGAUCUUAUGACAGCCUGCCUCGACAACGAUUACCUACAGAACAGAACUCUUUCACCUUUAUUUCUAUCCGAUAAAGUGUUUAUAGUCAUACGAAUGUGGAUAAAUUGGCAUAUAAACAACAUAUCCUCUAGGCAUUCUGUUCAUUCAAAUAUCGUACUCGUAUAGUUGCAGUAA